AUGUUGAGAAAGACUCGCGGAUCUGCUCUUGCAGCGGCCGUAGCUGUCUUUGCACGGUGCUCAGCGUCGUCCACGGGUACCGAGUUGACUGUGCUGACCUCCCCUCGCGUCCAAGACCUCGAGAAGCCGCUACAGCGCGUGGCCUUUGGCUCGUGCAACGACCAGAGCUUUCCGCAGCCGCUGUGGCCUACAAUAGCAGCGCACGAACCGGAGCUUUGGGUCUGGAUGGGCGACAACAUUUACGCCGAUAUGAGGGAGCUGGGCGAGCCACGACGCUCUGUCUCCGCUCGGCCACGCGACAUGUUUGUAGAGGCUUCGCCUGAAGUGCUCGUGCAGCGAUACAACAAACUCAUGGCGAAUGCCGAGUACGCCGCGUUUGUGAAGCGGACGCCUGUGAUUGGCAUCUGGGACGACCACGACUACGGGAUCAACGAUGGCGGCAAGAUGUUUUCGUACCGGGAGGAGAGCCAAGCGGUGUUUCUGGAUUUUAUUGGUGAACCGAAAGACUCGCCACGUCGUCGACAACAGGGUAUUUACACGUCGUACACGAUCGGAUCGGGAGAGCAGACAGUCAAGUUCAUUCUCGUUGACAACCGAUAUCAUCGAGACGCGUAUGGCACGAAGAACGGCACUCUACUCGGAGAAACCCAAUGGGAAUGGCUUGGAAACGAGCUCCUGACAUCGACCGCGGCCUUCAAUGUCAUCGUGUCAGGAGUUCAGAUUCUUCCGGGUGAUCGCUAUCCAAUUGCGGAGUGCUGGGGCCGGUUCCCCAGCGAACGCGAGCGGAUGCUGAAAUUGCUCCUGGUCUCGAACGCGAAGGGCGUCAUUCUCCUAAGUGGUGACGUGCACUUCUCCGAAAUCAACCAAGUUGUGUGCUCCGAAGGAGCGACUAAGAUCACUGAGAUCACCAGCUCUGGAAUGACGCAUAGCUGGAUGGAAUUCCAUGUACCGUCGGUGAAGCACGUGAUGGCCUUGUUGUUCACUUACGCCAACUUUUUGCUGCCGUGGGAGUUCCGCUUGACACAGAAAUCAUUUUACGGCCAUCUCAACUGGGGCUCAAUCGAAAUAGAUUGGGACCGCAAGCCGCACCCAGUCGCGACGGUGCAAGUUCGUGGAGCGGAUGACCAAGUGAAGCUUCAGUACAGUUUCCAGUCAACGAUUUUAGGCUCAACUUCCUCCGAGCAAGAUGCCGUCGACUGCCAAGCACCACGCCCGGUCUCAGGCUGGCAACGUUUCAUGUGGCUCGGUCUGUUCUUCGUCGUCGUCGGUGCUUCUCUGCUCUCCAUCCCGUUUGUUCUUUUCUGGCUACUGAGGCUCUUCGUCCGAAAGUUCAAAACGAUGAUCUGUGCCGGUGCAACGGAGAAGCAGGACGACAGUAAGAAGACUGUGUAA